GGCUUUGCACUGCACAGCUUCCUGUCUUCCACCACUGCUCAGGAGCAGCCGUCCAUCCGAAACCAUGCAGUCCACCGAUGGCAAAUUCUACCAAAAGAGCCUGAUUUUGACUCUGAAACGAUACAGCUCAGCAGUCAGCGACAUGGAGAGGACCGUUCUCCUGCCGAGCCUGCUGCGGGACGUGCCCUCGGAGUGCGAGGCAACCGAGGAGAGCUGCAGAGAUCUGUAUUCCAACUUCUUGAUGCUCAAGGCCAUCCGAAACACGGUGGAGAGCAGCCUGGUGUCCCUGGACGAGCACAAGGCCAAGAACGCGGCGCUCGCACCGGAGACUCUCUUGGACGCUGAUCCUGAAGCACUCUUUCGGUUCCACCUGAGAGGACUGUUUUCUGUGAUGAGUGAUCUCACGAACCAAAGCAAAUGCCUCAUUGAGAAAUACUUGGACAUAAUUGGAGUGGCAAGACAUUAAAUUGGCAUACAAUUUCUGGUGUUUGGAAAACACGUCAGCCGGCUGAACUAUUUUCAUUCAAUGACCCUAAACUUCUGUUGAAAAUGGAAUAAAUGUGCUUUGCCAAAACUGA